AGAUUAUAAAGGGCAGGGGAAGGGGCUAUGGCAGGCAAGUCUCAGCAGCUGAUACCAACUGCUCUAUAUAUAGCCUCAGGGGCCUGGUGACUGCAUUAGAGCACAGAGCCCGAACACACAAACCACAUGCGUUUUACUUUCUGGGAGUAAAAAGAAAAGGAAAAUAGCUUCUGUUUUAAUUUUUCAUCAGAAUGAACAAGCCCAAAAUUGUCAGACCAGAGCAGAGCCAGCCAGCACAUGCACUGUGGUUUGACAGAAAGAAAUAUGUCACCGUCAACUUCAUGGUUCAUAAACCUAAAGAUGUCCAGGUUGAUAUCCAGCCAGACAAAAUGAUUUUAUGCUGCAAAAACAACACAGAUGAUGUGUUCUACAAUGUGCUGCACUUCUACGACAAAGUUCACAUCAAUGACUCCAGGGAAAGAGUCUACGACCGCACCAUCAAUGUCUUGCUAAGGAAGAUGAAGCCUGAUUAUGCAUGGCCUCGUCUUCAGAAGGAUGAAGCCAAGCCCAGCUGGAUAGCUGUAGACUUUGAUAACUGGAGGGACUGGGAGCAUGAAGAGGAUGAGGGAAAGGAAGAAUACGAUAGAUACAUGGAUAUGAUCCAAGAAAUGUCUAACAAUAAUAAAGGGGAAGCACCAGAUAUGGGUGAUCUUAGUGAUUCUGACUGAGACUCACAGUACCAUCUCUCCUGUGUUGGAGGCUAUAUAACUUUAUUGCUCAGGAUAGCGAGGACAAUGCUAUGUUUGCUGAAGCUUAUCAUGUUUGUGAUGACUUGAUGUGUUAUUGUCCAAAAUACUAUUUUUACAUAUGUUAUAUUUUCUAUUGAAUUAUUUAUUGACAUAUUAUUGUUCACUGUACUAUGGCAUAUCAUUGUCAGUUUUAAUAAAAGCAAGUUUUAUCAA